CUAAUUCAUAGAUGUUUUUCAACUUUGGCCGAUUUUUUGGAUUUGGGUAGUAGCCAAAACUUGAUAAUUUGUUAAAGAAAGAGAAUCUCACAAUUGAGUGUAUUUUUAAUGAAGAGGAUAUUCUCCAAGAAUUGAAAGGAACAAGUUCUUCUAAAUUUGCUGAUUUCUUAAUUGAACAUCCCUAAGAAUAUCUGAAGAUGAUCAAUUAUAUAGUGGAAGAGAUUCCUGAUUCAUGUACAGAAAAAAAUAGAUGUAUAAAAUACCCAUUUUACGGAAGUGAGAUAUUGGGAUCUGAAAAUGAAAAAUUAAUAAACUUUUUAUUUGAAAAACCAAGUGAAUAGCCAUCAGAUGAUGUAAGAAAUCCAAUUGAAGACGAAGAGACUGAAUAAGUAGAGUAAUUAGAAUAGAAUAACAAUGCUCAAGAAAAUGAGAUAAUAAGAGCAGGUUUGUUGGAGAAUUUAUUAAAAUUGCUUGACAGUGAUGCUAUAAUAGUAACAACAGCAGGUUAUUUUGCAAAGGUCGUGAAUGCAAUUAUCCAUAAGAAGGGACAUUGUUUUUGGGAACACCUGAAGCACUAUCCAGAUAUCCUUUCAAAUUUAUUUAAACACUCAUAUUUAAAACACAUCGUGGAUAUUUUUGAGAAGUUGAUAAUCUUGGAAGAAAACUAUGAGCAAUCAACUGAAUAUAUGAAUGAAAGGUCAGCUUUACUCUAAAGAUUAGUCGUCUUCCUGAAAGGCAAAUAGCAUUCUUAACUGAUAGUUGGAAACAUUUGUGAAUUAUUUGUGGAAUUAUACAAAAAGUCUAUCAAUCAAUUUGAUACUCAGAAUUAAGAAUUAAAAUCGAUGCUAGCUCAAUUUACAGUUACAACAACACCCUUAUUUUUCAUGAACUUAGCAUUGGCUACAUAAUAGAGUGUAGUCUAUAAUGUGCUGAAUGUGUAAUUUGAAUUUCUGAAUAAGUAUUACCUAUCAGACUAAUAACAUGAUGUUGUUAUCAACUUAACCCAGCUUUAUAAACCAGUAAUUUAGUUAUUUGAAAAAGCAUUAUAAUAAGUAGAUAGUUUUAAGAUUCCAUUCAUAUCUGCAGAUGGAACUGAAAUUACACCUUUAGGAGAUGGAAAAUUGCUAAUAAUCUAAUUUAUUGUUUCAUUAGUGAAUAAACCGGAAUUCUAUUCAUAUUUCACAGCAGAAGUAUUUUCUUUGAUAAUUGAUCUUGUCAAAUAGCAUUAAACUAACAAUCAAUUGCAUCUGUUAUUUGAAAGGUUGAUCGUCGCUCUUGUUGAGACUAAUGAUGAAUUUUUGCAUAGGUUAAUAUUUGAAGAUACCAACCUCUUGCUCUUUAUUAUAUAAAAUAAUGAAGAAAAAGCCAGAUAAAAUAAGUUUGGAUUUUAAGGAGUUUUGACAAGACUAUCAAACUAUUUGGAUUGCAAUAAAAAUAAAUCAGCAUCAUUCCAAGUCAGUUUAUAAUUAUUAUCAACCAUUCAAGUGGAUUGGGAUGAAUAUAUCAAAGGAUUAACUAAUGUCAAUAAGGUUGAAUAAGAAUGGAUUUUGGGGAUAAAUCCAAAGCAAAGAGAAUAAAAAUUUAUAGAAGAGAUCAUAAGUCCAAAUAUUAAAGAGGAUACUUCAGAAUAGAAUCGUGGAGUCUAAGGAAUCAGAAAAUGCAUAAGUUCUGAUAAUAACGAUGUUGUGCAACCAAAAGAUGUUGAUCCUGAAGGUGUUGAGAUUGAGGAGGAUAUUGAAUAAGACUCUGAAGAAAAGUAAAAUGAAGAUGGAACCACAGGAGAGUAGUAAUAAGUAUAGCAAGUAGAACCAGAGACAUUAAAAGAGUUUGAAGAAGAGAUUGUGACAUAAAUCAUAGAAAACAAUGAGGGUGGUUAAGAAAUUAAUUAGCCAGAUGUUGAGACUUAAGAAUAAUAAUAGGUAGAAACAAAAGAAUAAGAUGAAAAAAAUGAAGAUGAACAAAUUUAAGAAUAAGAUUCAAAUAACUAAAUUGAAAAUGUACCUGAUCAAGAAGUUCAACAUCAAGAAUAAUAAAAUGAAGUAUUAGUGGCUUAAUCAGAUCAAUAGGAGGAGACAUAGAAAUUGGAAUAAUAAUAAGAACCAGAGGAACCUUAGGAGAUUAUCUAAGAUAAUGCAGACUUAAAGGAAGACGAAGGGGAGAAGGAAGAAAUUGAAGAGGAAAUUGCUUGUUCAUAGGAUACCCUAGAAGAUUAGACCAUCAAGAAUGAAGAAGUUUAACAAGUUCAGAAAAUAGAAUAGGAAAAUGAAAAUGAAAAUAAAGAGGAACCUAAAUAGAUAGAAUGA